AUGUGGCGCCCAGGAGGCUCGCGAACUUCUAAUUUCCUCGCCUCCGCUUCCACCAUUGUCGCCGCCGCCCUCCUCAUCGGCCUGUCGCAGGCCAACCCCCUCGCCGUGCUCUCCGAACUUCCCGACCCGCCGUGCUCUGCCACCUCAAACAGAACCGGCACAUUUGUUGAUUUGCAUUCUCUGAUUCGAAAAGGUCAUGACGACAAUUAUCUUGUUUCGGGCUACGACUAUAACUCCAAUUUUACCCUCAAUAUUUGCGCACCGGUUCUAUCAUCCGACAACCUCGAUUUUCACGCUCUCUCCGAUGCCCACAACAUCUCUGCAUUCUACCAAAAAGGUGGAAUAACAUAUUCCUUAGGACGGGCUUCCUCAACCCCGAAGUUCCGAGGCAGGAAACUGAUUCUGGAAUACACCGGAGGAAGUCUCUGCCCUAAGCUUGAUUCUAACGGCGCCCCCGUGGAUGGAAAGGAUAACGAAGAUGGCUAUAGAAAAGGCGCUUUGUUGUCCUUCACUUGCGACAGGGAGUUGAUCGGGCCGGCAAGGGUCAGCUUCGUGGGCCAGCAGAAUGAAUGCAGCUAUUGGUUCGACGUAAGAACUUCAAGUGCAUGCGCUACCGUUAAACAGCAACCUUUGGGCCCCGUAGCCAUCUUUGGCAUUAUGUUAGUCCCACCCCCCGUCAUACUCACACUCAUAAACCUUGGUUCGCCGUAUCGUUACCUGACACACUUGAUCCUCUAG